AUGGGGACAAAGAGGAAGGAGUAUUUGAUACACAAGAGGAAGGAGAUGUUACACUCUCAGAUAUUCAUACCCGUAAAUGCAGAACUUUGUUCUUCCUCGAUGAUAGUUCCAGUUCCUGACCUGUUUACUCUGAAAUGGAAGAAGGAGGAAGACAUCAACGUCAGAACGUCCCUAGAUAAGAAGACAUUCGGUAUCACCGGCUUCGCCCUGCUCUCGUCAGGUCUCGUCCUCCUGAGUGACUGCGAAAACUGCUGUGUCAAAAUGGUGAACCUCACCACCCGUACAGUCACCUCCCGCCUAAAACUGCCAGACUAUACAUGGGGCAUGUGUGUGCUACCAGGUGACCAGGCCGCAGUGACUUUCCCGAAUAUUUCCAUGAUACAACUUAUGUCGACAACGGGAGGACAGUUUUCGUGUGGAAAGGUAAUUGAAGCAUCAUCUGGGUGUUGUGGUAUUGCGUAUAACAACAAUAGAUUAUAUGUUUCGUACACAUUAAACCCGCCUGUUGAAGUGAUGACAUUGGAUGGUCAUAUUAUAAGUGCAUUGCAAACAAAUGAUGGAAAACAGCUUUUCAAAUGCCUACGAUACCUGAUUAUGUCAGCAUCCACACCACCAACCCUGUAUGUGUCUGACCAAAAUGCACACACCGUCAUCCAGCUGUCUCUAGACGGGAAGUCCCUACCAGAGUACAAUAACAAGAAGCUCGAACAUCCCCAGUCCGUGGUGGCGGUAGAUCCGGGUCAGCUGAUAGUUUGUGGGCACAACAGUCACAACGUGUUGCUGCUGACUGAGGGGGACGGCAAGAUGGCGGAAAUACUGGGACAGAAGGACGGACUUACCACUCCCUAUUCUGUAUCCUUCUGUCCUUACAAACGUGCCUUAGUUGUCGGGAUGUACAAGCAUGACUCACUGAAUGUAUUUUACGCAAACUGA